UCCUUUUUAUUUUAAAUAUCAAUUGAUUACGUUUUCUUAAAAUGGCAUAUAUUUCAUUAUUAUAGCAAAAGAGGAUCUUGGGUAUUUACUUGCUUCCUGACGGAAAUAUUUCACGUAACUUCUCGGAACCCAUGCGUACCGUGCUCUCCACCGUGCAAAGUUUGUUAAAUGAAACGUUAGCAUGCGGGUCAUAAUAAUUUAGUUACAGCGGUCCGAAGUAUCCAGUAGAAAUAACAGUUGUGUUUCGCGCUUGGGGUUAAAACUGAUUAACUUGUUAGGAUGAAAAUUAAGCGACAGAAGCAAGCUAAAAAGACCAUUAGUUUUUAUAAAUAUAACUUUGGGUUUAGGGAACCUUUUCAAAUAUUACUUGAUGGCACGUUUUGCCAAGCCGCGUUGAAGAAUAAAAUCCAGAUAAAAGAGCAGAUGCCAAAGUAUCUGAUGGGAGAGCUGCAACUAUGUACCACGAAUUGUGUUUUGAAGGAACUGGAAUCGUUGGGGAAAGAGCUUUAUGGAGCUAAAAUAAUCUUGCAGCGAUUUCAGACUCGCCACUGUGCGCAUUUUAAAGAUCCUGUGCCCGCCUCGCAGUGUUUGAUAUCGAUGCUGGAGGAAACUAAUCCCCAUCAUUAUUUCAUUGCCACUCAGGACAAGGAGCUGACAGAAGCAGUCAAGAAGGCAGUCGGCGUACCUCUGCUGUACAUUAUACUGAACACGAUUGUAUUGGACAAGCCAUCCCCCUGCUCGGUGGCCCACGUCCAGGCAGUGCAGGCUGGACAGCUGGUGACCCCGGAGCAACAGCAGAGCAUCCACAGCAUGAAAGAGGAGAAAGGGCUACUGGGGUGUGAGGCAGAGAGACGAGGCAAGAAACGGAAGCAAAAAUCUGGGAACCCCAACCCACUGAGCUGCCUGAAGAAGAAGAAGAAGCCAGGCGUUCCAACGCCCAAGCGAGCCGAUGAAGAAAAGAAACGAAGUAGAAACCGGAGGCGGAAAGCUGUCCCUCCCCAGGACAGACCAGAUAGGGAAUGACUUUGUAGGACCCCCCACUCAAGGGUGUAACUUUGGGGGGGAGGGGGGUUUGAGGUCUCAACUCAUUUUCUGAUUGUCUGGUUUUGAUUACUGUGGGUGGGGGUGGGGUUACACCCCCCAUAAUUUAUGCCUAUGCCUCUUGUAAAAUCUGCCAAGUACGUCAACAUUUUUAUGAUUGUCCCUAGUAAAUUCGAGUCAUUUUUAUAGAUUA